AUGGCUCGCGCUAGUCGCUGUACGCUCGCUCUUCUCGUCGUCCUUGCUUUAGCCUACAUUGCCAAUGCAGCCGUUGCUCCCACGGCCACAGCCGGCCCCAAGUGCGCGAACGCGUUUCCUCAGAGGCCCCUGUGCAAGUUCGUGGACAGCUUGACCACGCGCGUCAUCCCCACCCUCGAUGGCACCAAACCGCUCACCAUUGGCGCCUAUCAGAUUUACCAGAAAUUCCAUCGCGAUCUGCCGGCGACGAAGCAGUACGCGUACGGCACGAGUCAGAAGACGGCGUCGUACCCCGGCCCCACCAUCGUGGCCAAGGUUGGCAUCGACACGGCGGUGACGUGGGAGAACCACCUGCUCGACAACACGCACAUGUUCACCGUCGAUCCCACCAUCAUGAUGGGCGUCAAGGUCCCCAAGAAGGGCAUUCCCAUCGUUGUGCAUCGCCACGGCGGCUCCCAGCAGAGCUACUACGACGGCCACCCUCUCGCGUGGUUCUCGCAGUACGGCGAGAAAGGGCCCACCUUCUACAACAGCACGUACAAGUACGUAAACGACGAGGCGUCGACGGUGUGGUACCACGACCACAUGGCGGGCAUGACGCGGCUGAACGUGGCGGCGGGCAUGGCGGGGCUGUACAUCAUCACGGACCCCAAGGUCGAGUCCAAGUACACCUGGCUGCCGCCCGCCUCCCGCACCGUCCCGCUCGCCAUUGCGGAUCGCCUCUUCUUCGCCAACGGGUCGGUCAACUACCCGAACGUGGGCAUCGUGCCGAACGUGCAUCCCAACUGGAUUCCCGAGUACAUUGGCGACACCAACAUGGUCAACGGCGUGGUUUGGCCGUACCUCAAGGUCCGGCCUGCGGUGUACCGGUUCAAGAUGCUGGGCGCGUCGAACGCGCGUUUCUACAAUCUGCAGUUCAUUUGCGCGCAGCGCGGCGACUACCCCAACUUCGUGCCGCCGCUCAAGGGCCAGCCACGUCCUAAUACGAUCUCUUUUGACGCGCAGAUCGCCACCGACGGCGGCUACGUGGCAAAGCCUGUGACCUCCAAGUCGGUGCUGCUCAUUCCGGGCUCGCGUCUGGACGUGCUGGUUGACUUCUCGAGCCUGCCCGCCACCUGCAAGGACGUGAUUCUCCAGAACACCGCGCCCGCGCCUUUCCCCGCUGGUGUGACGGCUGACCGCGACACCGGACUUGUCAUGCGCUUCGUCAUCACCAACAAAAAGCGCAUCCCCGCCGCAAAAGUCCCCAGCACCAUCUCGUACCUUCCCCCGAUCGACUACAAGAACAUCCAGAAGGUUCGGUGGCACAGCCUGAUCGAGAAGAUGGACCCCAAGACGAACCUGCCCAUCGAGAUCACCAUCGACAACCUCGGCUUCAUGGAUCCCGUCACCGACUACCCCAAGCAGGGCACGAACGAGCUGUGGCACAUCAUCAACCUGUCGGCCGACGCGCACCCCUUCCACAUUCACCUCGUCGACCACCGCCCCAUCUCCCGUCGCCCAUUCGACGUCGCGGCGUUCCAGGCGGGCAAGUGCGCGUUCCGCGGCAAGAAGCUCCCGCGCUGCUGGACGGGCCCGCGGGUUAAGGUCGACCCGACUGAGGACGCAUGGAAGGACACCACGGCUGCGUACCCCGGUCAGGUGCUGACGCUCUGGUUCGGGUGGAAGGACAACAACGGCAAGCCUCUGAAGUUUGAUGCGAGCGUUGGUCCCGGCUACGUCUACCAUUGCCACAUGCUGGACCACGAGGACAACGACAUGAUGAGGCCGUUCAAGGUGAUCAAGUAG